AGAACCAGCCAGUCCUACUUGGAAGUUCGUCAAACUUGGAUUCCACAAUUCAGAUCGCAAGCUCAACAUCUCCAAACACGCAAACCUCAUUCUUAAUUUCUCCGAGAAAUUGGAUUGGAGUUGUCCACGUUUGGUUGUUAUCUGUCCUCAUUGAAGAAUUCCUUAAUUCUCGAUGGGCAAAGGAGGCGGCUGUGUCCCAAGCAAGAAGAGAGUCCCCUCAACCGCCGCCGUUGAAGCCCAGCGCGGCGAGAAGAACGCGCCGAUCCCUGUGGAAGACGAGUCCCACGUCGCGGAGCCAAACUCUGCAUCUGAAACCACCACGCCCUUGCGUCCGGUGGCGAAGCUGAAAAUCUUCGUGGUUUUCUACUCGAUGUACGGACACGUGGAGGGCCUGGCGCGGAGGAUGAAGAAGGGCGUGGACGGAGUGGAGGGGAUGGAGGGAUUUCUGUACAGGGUGCCGGAGACGCUACCGAGCGAGGUGUUGGAGCAGAUGAAUGCGCCGCCGAAGGAGGAAGGGAUCCCGGAGAUCAAGGCGGCGGAUCUGGCGGAGGCGGACGGGUUGCUGUUCGGGUUCCCGACGAGGUACGGGUGUAUGGCCGCGCAGAUGAAGGCGUUCUUCGACUCCACGGGGCAGCUCUGGAGGGAGCAGAAGCUGGCGGGCAAGCCGGCCGGGUUUUUCGUCAGCACCGGCACCCAAGGAGGCGGUCAGGAAACCACUGCUUGGACAGCAAUCACCCAGUUAGCGCACCAUGGAAUGCUGUUUGUUCCCAUUGGGUACACCUUUGGAGCGGGUAUGUUCAAGAUGGACUCCAUUCGAGGAGGUUCUCCAUAUGGUGCUGGAGUUUUUGCUGGGGAUGGCUCAAGAGAGCCAAGUGACAUGGAGCUGGCACUUGCAGAGCAUCAAGGCAAGUACAUGGCUGCAGUAGUCAAGAGGCUCAACGUAGCAUGAUGGUCCAUACCACAAUUCUUAUGUAUACAUUAAUUUCAGUUCAUAAAUGUUUGUUUUAUGAUUUGUCCUUGAAAUUUCGCCUAUUGCAGUCAGUUCUUUUUCCUACUUCUCCCCACCCUGUUCUCUCCGUUGAUUCUACCCUUUAAAAGGUUGUACAUGGAUUGAAAUUCUUCUGCUUGAUUCAUCAAAUAAUAAUGUGAACUUGUGGGA